CAUUACGCUCUGAAACUGGCAGCACAACACAUGAAAUCCCCAGUAAUGCGAUGCCAAAGCAGCUUGUUAAAUUCAAGAGGAGCGCUGUCUGAUCUGAGGGAACUUCUUCAACUCGCCGCCUCCUCAUCUUUACUUUUCACUUGAUGACAAUUUCUGUGGGAUCGUGCCGAGCGCGUCUUUCCCUCUCUGCCUUCCGCAUCUCUCGCACUGAAAGUUUGCUUUGCAAAAGUAGACAUGAAUAACACCGGCUUCAACCAAACAGAGAGCGGGCUAUUCAACAAGACAGAGGAGGUUUUUUGCUGCAACUUUUCAUCCGUGGUGACUGAUAAUGGCUUUGUGGCAGCCGCUCCGGAUGAGAGGAGCCUCUUCAUCAUGAGGGUGGUCCAGAUAGCCGUCAUGUGCGUUUUAUCCCUCACGGUGGUGUUUGGUAUAUUUUUCUUAGGCUGCAACCUCCUCAUAAAAUCAGAGGGGAUGAUUAACUUUUUGGUAACAGACAGAAGACCGUCAAAAGAAGCGGAAGCAGUUAUUGUUGGAGCCUACUAACUGAUAAGGACAUUUACAAUGAUCAUACUCUGAUCAGAUGGCGACAGAUCGGAGACGAUAUGAUGAUCAACUGCCUAAACUGCAUUUUCAUAAUGGUACUUAGAAACAAACAAACAAAAGCUCAGAGGAACGGUCACCUUGCAAGAGUAACUGAACUCUGUUGGUGACUGAUGUUCACGGGGAGUCCACCUUAAUUCUUGUGGCCUUUAAUGCCAAGAAUGACUAAUUCAUCUUCAAGAGGUAUUGUGCGUUUUAAGCCUCUUUGUGUAUUCAGUAGGCUAUUUCAAAGCGCACUGUUGUAAUUUCAGUAUAGUUUCACUGUUUGUCAAGCAACAUCCUUUGUCAAAAUAGUGGCAAAGUUUUAGUAUUUGCUGCUUGGAAAUACCUUGCAUUGCAAAUGCAAUGGAGCAAUUAAAUCUAUGUUGUAUGCUUCUGCAUGCAACGUGCAGUUCUCUAUUUUCUGGUGAUAGAUGUAUGAGUGUUUUUGUGGGCAGCGGUGAAAGCCCCAAAAUGCUGUGUAUCAUCUUAAUUUAAAUAAAUUAAUUCUGUAAUUAAAGUUUACCUCUUAAGAUCUAUGUUUCUAUUAUCAUCUUGGCCUCCACCACGCCCUCUGCCAAAAUAACUGUUUGAUUCAUAGGUAUACACUGUAAUAAUUAAAUUAUGUUAAAACACAAUAGGGUUUAUUGAUCCUGAUAAAAUGUAUUGUGAACAUUUAUCUAUAGUUAUCAAGAGUUGUACAGUUAGAGGGAACCCAGCAAUAGUAGCAUACAAAAAAUCUUUUGUGUCUUUUGCUCUUUAUUAAUAUUUAGCAU